UAGGAUCAGCGUCGCCGCUGAAGUGCAGAUCCAGGUGCUUGCCGACAGGGGGCGUGUUUCCCCAUUGCCGUGCCGUGAUGCUCUUACCUACUCUGAAAUGACGGAACAGAGCGCUUCUCCGGAGGACUCCUGGAACAAACAGGCGGACGGCGCUUUUAGUGACAACGGGUUCGACCACAAUUUCUUUGCCGAGAGUGCAAGGAAAGGCUCCGUUGUCUCCAGAGCAAACAGCAUUGGAUCCACAAGUGCCUCCUCAGUGCCUAACACAGACGACGAGGACAGCGACUAUCGCCAUGAGCCGUCCUACAAAGACCGUCGGAGACAGGCGCACACGCAGGCGGAGCAGAAACGCAGGGACGCCAUCAAGAAAGGCUAUGACGACUUGCAGUCGAUCGUUCCCACUUGCCAGCAGCAGUCAGAGUUCGCCGUGGGGACACAGAAAAUCAGCAAAGCUACUGUACUUCAGAAAACAAUUGACUACAUCCAGUUUCUGCACAAAGAGAAGAAAAAGCAAGAGGAGGAAGUUUCCACAUUGCGGAAGGAAGUGAUGGCACUAAAGAUCAUGAAGACGAACUAUGAGCACAUAGUCCAGGCGCACCAGAACAAUCCGCAGCAAGGAAACGAGCAGGUCUCAGACCAGGUGAAGUUCAGCGUGUUCCAGAACAUCAUGGACUCCUUGUUCCAGACGUUCAGUACCUCAGUCUCCUUCUCCAGCUUCCAGGAGCUGUCUGCUUGUGUCUUCAGCUGGAUUGAGGAACACUGCAAACCUCAGACACUACGGGAGUUUGUGGUGGGGGUCCUUCAGCAGAUCAACAGCCACUCCUACUGACGUGGAGGUUCCGGGCCGAACCGGGCCGUGACGUCGUUACGUGUGUGAUCUGUCCUCACCUUACCACCUCUACAGUAUUUUAAGUGGUAAACAAUGGUGAGCAACAUGUGUAGUGGGGAGGGACAACCCCAUCACUUGAGUGCUCAGUCCCGCUUCACAAAAGCCUUUGUUCUGGAAGACAUGCAUCCUGGCCAGAGUCCUGUUUCAGUAGGGGGAGGUCCGUGUAGUCUGGUAAGUUAACUUGGAUGGAUCCAUUCCAGGAUAAACACUUAGGGAAGAUGUAAGGAUUUUCUGGAAGCCUGCUGACAAUGUUGUUUAGUCUAAUGUUACCUUCAGAAAGAAAAACCAUGAAAGCUUGUAGGAUUUUGGGACUCAAGGGCUGGUGUUGUUACCUCCUUGUCCACAGAUGAGUGUUUAAAAACUCAGCCUCUUCCUUCAGGGUUCUUGGUUUCUCCUCCGUUACAAAUCGAGUGUUUUGCCUGUGGGUCUCUUGCCGUUGUCGUGUUCUGUUUGCAUGGAGUUUUGCGUGAAUGCGUAUGUCGUCGUAGACACUUUUGAGAGGUGGUCUGAAAUGCCGUCGGUCUUUCAACACCAGUUGCCUUCUGGAUUCUCUCUGUUAUAAGCACACAUAUGCCUGAUAGUACACAUAUUCGUUUAUGUAUGCGUUUCAUGCUGGAGGGUCUACACAUGCUCAGAGGCAGAGCCUGAAUCUCAUUGCCUGGGAAAAACCACAACCCAUGUAGACUGCUUAUGUGGAAUAGCGAGACCUCAGUAAGAUGUACACAAUGAGUUUGACAGAAUGUGCUUUCUUCUUUGACCUGUGUAAGAGGUUUUUAUUUCUUAGGUGAAGGGUGUAAGAAUCCUGACUGUGUAUUCUUAGCCAUCCUGCUGCCUUGCAUUGACUCGGACACGGCCUGCAACCUUCAAAUUUUGCAAGGGUGUCCAUCGGUCCUGACACUACAGAUACUGUGAUCGAUUCAUUCUCCCCCACUGCCCCGUGGCGCAGCUGUUAAAUCAAAGAAUGUAAAACGACGCUUGCAAUGAUUGUUCUGCAAGAUCGAACUUUAAGUACCAGUACUGUACCGUAUGAUUUUACAGUAAAGGAUUCUGCAUCUGAUCAUUGUCCUGUCUUUCAAAUAGAAUUUUGUGUGCAUGUAAAAAAAAAAAACAAAAGGCAGUUUCUUGUGUUGAUACAGAAAACUUUGGAAAUAUUUUUGUAUUGAUAUUUCUAAUCGCAAAUAAACAUCUCUUUCUAAGUCUUAA